AUGGAUCGAGACGAUAAUUCUUUCUUCAACUCUCAAAAUUUCAAUCCCUCCCAAGACUAUUAUCCAAAUCUUGCUGAUAUUCCAAGCUCCAAUGAAUUCCCAGAGUUUGAUUAUGCUAUGAAUUCAGAACUCUCGCAUAAUCCAACUGAUUCUCCUAUUUCUGAAUAUUACCAAACCUCUGAAAAAUUUUCUGCAAACCCUUCCAACAAUGCGCAAAGUUGGACUAAUAUAGAAGAUAUAUCACUAAUGUCUGUUUGGUGUUUUGUCAGUAACAAUCCAAUUGUUGGCACUAACCGAAAUAGUAAUUUGUUUUGGAAAACUGUUGCAGCUAUGUAUGAGCAUAGUCGAGCAGAUAAUCCAGAAAUUGGAGGUCGAAGGAGCGUGGAAUCAUUGAGGAACCAUUACAAACGCCUCAACAAAAAUAUAACUUUGUGGGUUGCUGCAUACAAGAAAGCAUAUGAACGACGAGCGAGCGGUCAGUCCAAAGAGGAUAUCGAGAAAACUACUCAAGCAAUUUAUGGUUAA